CACGAAAUCAAGGCACGGAAGAUGGCGCUGUUCCGAGCGGCAAAGAAGCACAUGGACAUCAUGAACGCCGACCUGGUCGCUAGGGAUGACGACCACGACUUGUCGGAUAUGUCUGGCGAGGAAGGAGAAGAAGAUGCCGACGAGGAGGGCGAGGAGGAACUUCCCACUGGUCAAGAUUCCGAUGAAAGCAAUGAAGAUCCAUUCGUGUCACGGAAGGAGGUGGACGCCGACGAAGAAGAGAGCGAAGGCGAGGGCAACAAAGAUGAGGAACGUGCAGCAUUUUUGGAUGACUUUGUUCCAACGACACUGGAGGGUCGAAAUGCGUUCCGUUGCAAAGUGUGCCCCAAGGUCAAGCUCUUCAACGAGCAAGAUGUGUUGAACCACGUUCAGUCCAAGAAACACAGGCGGGCGUGCAUCACCCCUGAAGAGAUCGCACGGUUGAGGGCCCGCAACCAGCGCAAGAACGCCAAGCGCCGCCUCAAACACCAAGCGGAAUUGGACGCGAAGAAAGCACUGGCAAACGAAGCGAAAGAGACACAAGCCAAGGAGAAGUCGGUGCAAAAUGACGGGAAGAACGUGGAUGGAAAGACAGCCAAGUCCACGAAAUCCAAGGCGGCGCCGACGACGGACGAGAAAGCGCCAAAGAAAGCCAAGAAGGCUGCCAAGGCAUAAUGAACGAUUUUCUUGAGUCGAUUGCCGUGAGUGUCGAGAGGUUCCUGGAGUCUAACGAGUGUUUUUUGCGGGA